ACCCAGCCGCCGAAGGACGCCACCUGUCAGGAGCGAAGGGUCGAGGAGGAGCUGUUGUAUUCUUUUCUAGCGUUUACUUUCCAUUCUCUUUUUUCUAACACAAAGAUGGGUUUGAAUUUUAGAAAUUCAGAGUAUCGUGUGAGUACAGGAGCCUCCUUUGGCAUGGCCAUUUUGUGCUCUGUCUUGGUGUUUUCGGGCCUACAGAUGUACAAGAAUCAGCUGGGCUCGACACGUCUCAUGACCCUCGUUGCAGGCUACGUGGCCUCCUGGCUCUUCAUCUUUAUGCUGACCGCUGUAAACAAUCUGGAAAACAUCAUGUUUGGCAAAGGUUUCCAGGCACGAGUCCUCCCUGAGGUCGCCCUGUGUCUCGUCCUUGCUUGUGCUGCUGCGGGAAUGGUCCACAGAGUUUCCAUCACUGUAUGUUUGCUGUGUUCGAUAGUAGGACUGUAUUACAUCAACAAACUCAGCCAGUCAACUACUUCAGCUCAGGUAUCCCACAAUACCAAUUACAAGAAGAAGAAAUAAGGAUGAAGAAAAUAAAAAAAGGAAAUUUUAAUGUCAAAACUAUCAACAUUCAUAAAGUUGCUCUCCUUAAUUUUCUGUGUUGCCAAUAGGAAGAUAAUAUUCCUAGAUUUAUACCAGUGUGAUUAUUAUUUCCUUUACUAUGUUGUUUUUAGAAAUUGGUACAUUUACAGUGAUGGAUAUGAGAUGGCCCAUCAUUAUGGAAGAUAAUUGUAUUAGGUGAUAUAUGUUGUUAAAAUACUUGGUUGUUUUUUGUUUAUUAGAGAUGAAUGUGAAAGAAGCAGAAAACUAUAUUUAGUUUCCUCAAGACUGUUAAAUGCACAAGUUUGCAGUGAUUUUCUAAUAAAGGACAUUUGAAUUAAUACAA